AUGCACCGUUUCUUUCGCCGCAAGCCGGCAGCCGGGGCUCCUCCUUCAGCGCCGGACUCCAAGGACCUGGCCAAGGAGGAGGCUCUCGAGGCCGAAACCCGGGAGGCAGAGGCCGCCGAGAAGAGGGCGGCGGAGGAAGCCAAGGAGGCCAAGGAUGCUGCUCGCAGGCUCGAGGAUGCCGUCUGCCGGGCAGAGGAGCGGUUGCGUGCGACCGGCCCUGCCUCGGCCUUACGCGGCGAGGAGCUGAAAGGGGAGCUAAGGGACCUGGAGACAGAAGCGGAGGCGCUGCGGGCGCAGGACAAAACGUCCGCCCUGCGGCUCUCCGCGCUGCGCCAGGCGAUGCCGGCAGAAGACCUGCGGUGUCUCCGAGGGCAGGAAGAGGCGGUGCGCGACGAGACGCGAGAGGCCGCAAGUCUCCUUGCCGAGCUUCGAGCUGAG